CCAGUGCCCCUGAGGCCUGGAGCAUCUUCAGAGCACUUCCUGUACCAGUUUAUCUGGAGCCUCCCAGGGGACCAGGAAGCAGAGGACAGAAAGGAGAACUCGGCAUGUGAACACUGGACUUUCUAGAAGGACACAGCCCCUCCUCCUCUUGGGCUUGGUGUGGGCAGGAGACGUCAGAGCUGAAGAAAUGACCCCAAGAGUGAUGGGAGUGUGGCUGCCUUCAGCUCUGCUCCUCUUGCAGGUCCCAGGCUGUGUCCCUCUGCGUGGCCCCAGCAAGGUGACAGGCACUGUGGGGGAAUCCCUGAGUGUGCGGUGUCAGUACGAGGAGGAAUACAAGAAUAAUGAGAAAUACUGGUGCAGAGUGUCACUGCUACCACCAUGUAAAGAGAUUGUCAAGACCAGAGCCUCAAAAGAAGCUGGGAAAGGCCGAGUGUCCAUCAGGGACCAUCCAGCCAACCUCACCUUCACAGUGACCUUGGAGAACCUCACCCUGGAGGAUGCAGGCACCUACAAAUGUGGGGUGGACAUUCCACUUUUUGAUGACAGAUCCUCUAUGGGAAUCAAUUCCUUCUUGGAGAUCGAUGCAUCCUUCAAGGUUGUGGUAUCCGUGGUCCCAGGCUCUAGCCCCGAGAACAGAGCAAAUACCCUGGGGUCCCCCACAUCCUCACCAGUGCACACUCAGCCCAGCGUGACCACAGAGGACACAACUCCUGGUCCCAGCCUACAACCCCGGCCCCUGCUGAGCAGCAUCUACUUCCAGGUCCUGGUCUUUCUGGAGGUGCCCCUGCUCCUGAGCAUGCUCAGUGCCGUCCUCUGGGUGAACAGGCCUCAGCGGUGCUCUGGGGAGAAGCAGCAUUGUCCCGAUUAUGAGAAUCAGUGAGGUCUGUUGACAUCAAAGCUCUGUUCAUGUCCCUGUACACAGCUCUUCUUGUGGCAGAGGACAACAAAUAAAUCUGUGUUUCUGAGAAUACUCUGAGAUUUUUUUUCUAGAAAACUCUUUGUGUUGUGUCAAACACAUAAAUGAAUGUGCCCAAUAAAUACAUAUACAUACAUUUAAUAGAAUAUCUUUACUU